GUCUUCUCUCCUAGACAUAGUCUUAAUUUGCUGAAGAUGCCGCAGACUAAUUGUGAAGAAGCCGUGUUAACAUGAAGUUAGACAGAUAAAGGAACGACACAAUUAAGAUACAGUGGUUCCUUGCUCUAUCGUGGUUCACCUUUCGCGGAUUCAAUGUUUUGCGGAUUUUUUUGUGUGAUUCUUUUCUAUUAUGUUAUAUGGCAGCAUAUGAACGCUGUUACAGGCCGAGACUGGCCCUUUAAGAAGAAUUGCGUCGUGGGAAGUCUGUCUGCACCACCCAUUGUUUUCUGCCUGCUGAUUGGCUGUAGACCAUUGUCAAUCAAUCUUCUUUGUGCCACCCUGCCGUGUCUCCUGUGUCAUCGCAGGCUUGCUUGCUUGCUAAUUUGUAAAUGAAUCUUCGGUUCAAAGGAGGAGUGCAGCAAUAUGUUUUAACUAGGAUACAAAAACGCUGUAGUACAGCGGAACGGCGCUAGGACAAAAAGGCACGGUCACAGGAGUGAAAUACAUGGAGAGGUGAUGUGUUGCGCUGCCUGAAUUCCAUGACUGAGAGACAAAAUGAAGAGGCGGCUCAUUCGUGGUUUCCUGUCGGAGAUCUCCAUCCGCUUGGCCCUCUUUGUGGUUUUCCUCGUGACAGAGCAGCUUCCACCUUUCUACCGUGAGAUCCAGGCAGAGGAGAUGUGGUUGUAUAAAUUUCACCGCGUGGAGCAGGAUCAUGUACCCACGUCGCUCAUGUUUAGCAUCACUGUCUUCACACCACUGAUUGUCAUCCUGGUUUUUACCUUCAUGACAAAGUCAGAGCGAGGAGACGCAAAGGAAGCGUCACUGGGCGUGACUUUGACUCUGGUGCUGAACGGCGUUUUCACCAAUGCCAUCAAACUUGCUGUGGGCAGGCCCAGGCCGGACUUCUUCUACCGCUGUUUCCCAGACGGGCAGAUGAACCUGGAGCUACGCUGCAGUGGUGACCCCGAUGUGAUCAUGGAGGGUAGAAAGAGCUUUCCCAGUGGGCACUCUUCAUUUGCUUUUGCCGGGCUGGGCUUCACCGCCUUCUACAUUGCCGGAAAGUUGCGAUGCUUCAAUGCAGCAGGUCAAGGCAGAGCGUGGCGACUCUGCGCUUUUCUCACCCCUUUAAUGGUAGCGCUGACCAUCGCUCUCUCCAGAACCUGCGACUACAAACACCACUGGCAAGAUGUGUUGGUGGGCUCCCUGCUGGGCCUGUUGUUCGCCUGGCUGUGCUACAGGCAGCACUACCCCGCGCUUCACGACCCCGAUUGCCACCGACCCCUGAGUCACAGAGAGGGUGUCCCCGCCGCACAGGAACGCAAACUGGCCAACUCCAACUACAUCCUGCCCCUGUAAAACACGACCGCCCGAACUGCAUCCUUGUUAAUGGGGGCUUGGUAACAUUUGAAGCAUCCAACAUGGAUGUGUAAUAUGUAAGGGUGGUACAUGGGUUAUUUUCUUCACUAAAUGGACACUUGGAGUAGGAGACUUGCUAAAACAACCACUCCGUAGAGAGCAGGACCAACUUCACAAGCCCACUAUCUCUUUUUUUCUGAUCCCAUAUGCUACUUUUUAUUUGAGAUCAGUAAUUGUAUGAUUACGAUUGGAUCAUAUUAGUAAAGUAGGUUAUAAUACUUUUUUUUAAAUCACAGUGCUUAAUCUUAAAUCAUGAUGUCAGUACAUUUGUGUAAUUAUGAAAUGGUUUGUGGAUCAAUAACAUGAAUGUCUGCUAAUGUUUUGGCUAAACCAGCAAGCACAUAAGUGUUUUGCGUAGGACUUGAGCCAAUUAAGAACAUGUCAGUGUCCACAGAAACUGGUUAAAAAAAAAAAAAAAACAUACCUUAAUAGUGGGAGAUGAGUAUUUUG